AGGUGGCCAUUAUUGAAAGCUAUCCACCUUUUCACAUCGAUCUACCAAUGCCGGCGAGAAAUCAAUCAAAAUCGGCUGCGCCACCUAUCGCAGAGCCUACUGCUCACGCCCAACCACCUUCCUCUAAAUCACACCUACCUCCUUCAAACGCCGCUGCAUCAUUAUCCUAAUUCACAUCACAUCGCUCUAUCUCUAUAUCUACGCUCUCGCUUCCCCUCUCCAAUACCUUUCCAGAUCCAAAAUGAAUUACCAGCAGCCCAAGGAGAGGAAGCUCAAUUCCAAGCUCGACCGCGAGGUCACCUACGAGGAGUGCCGCAAAAACCACGCCGCCAGCAUCGGCAAGUACGCCGUCGACGGCUGCUGCGAGUUCAUGCCUGCCGGCGAGGACGGCACCGCCGCCGCCUUGAGGUGCGCCGCCUGCAACUGCCACCGGAAUUUUCACAAGAAGGGUUUUUCGAAUUGGGGAUGAAUCGAUUGUACUCGUAUGCUUCGCCUUCGCGGAUGGAAAUUAGGGAUUUUUCAAUUUUCGAUCAA